GAGUGAUGGGAGCAACACAAACGCUGCAUUCUGUGGCUCUGGUCCAAGGUUGUACUGAAGCCUCUGUACCUUGUUAUCCAUUAACGCGCUCCUCCAGCGCUGAAAUCUGCACCCUGUGUGACACCACAUGAGUUCUCCAGCUCAAACAUUGCAGAGAGAGCACAGACGGGGCGACACGGCGCCAGAGACCUGGGUUCGAUCCUGACUACGGGCGCUGUCUGUACGGAGUUUGUACGUUCUCCCCGUGACUUGCGUGGGUUUUUCCCGGGAGCUCCUGUUUCCUCUCACACUCCAAAGACGUGCAGGUCGGAUAUAUGGGGUCCAGCGACUGACAUCAAUGGCGAUUUAAAAUGAUUCCACCAGCUUCUCCGAAUUAAUCUGACUAAGAAUCAACAACAAUGUCAGGAUUUCCGCAGGCGUUUACGACAUUGUGUGUGGGUCCGUAUGCUUGCUGCCACUGAGGCAAUGCUAAGUGGGAGAGUGGGAGCCGGCUGCAGCCUUCCCGUGGAGUUCAAGGUUUCGAGAUUUCAAGGCAGGAUUGAAUGAGGGCGAUUGACGGCAGGAUGUGGAGCUGCGCCGGUACCAACGGCACAGUGAACGGCCUGGACCAGCAGUUGUGCUACGACCUGGAGCUGGUCCUCUUUGUCCUGUCCGUGGUUUACCUCAUCAUCUGCUUCCCCUUCAGCAUCUGCUACAACUCCCUGCUGGUCCUGGUCAACCUGUACAACAAGUCGGCCAUGACCAUGCCCGAUGUCUACUUUGUCAACAUUGCCGUGGCUGGACUGAUCCUCAGCCUGGUGGCCCUGGUGCAGCUGCUGGGCCCGGACAACCCACAGUGGGCCGUGUGGAACUUCAACAGGGAGGUCUACAUCACCCUGCUCAUCCUCUUCAACAUCUCCGCCCUGGUCACCAUGUACUCCACCACGCUGCUCAGCCUGGACUACUACAUCGAGCAGGCCCUGCCGAGGACCUACAUGUCCAGUGUCUACAACACCAAGCACGUGUGCGGCUUUGUCUGGGGCGGGGCGGUCCUGACCAGCUUCUCCUCUCUGCUCCUUUACGUCUGCAGCCACGUGCCCAAGAUAAUCGAGUGCUCGAAGAUACAGAACAAAGAGGUGGCGGACACCAUCAUGGUAUUCAUCGGCUUCUUCGUGCCGGCCACGGCGGUCCUCUACGCCUUGAUAUUGAUCUUUCGCAUUCGGAACCAGUCCACCCCGCUGGAGCAAGACUCAGCGGGGCCCGACCCGACCAUGCACCCACUGCUGGUGGCCACAGUCUGCACACACCUGGUGUUGUGGGCUCCGUAUUACAUGACGCUGCUGGUCCACAUCGCCUACAGGCCCCGACCAUCGGACCUGGCGAGCCGGUAUCACAUCUACUACUUUGUCAAGGGCCUGUCCAAGCUGCUGGCCUACUCGUGCAGCUUUGUGGUACCGCUGCUGUACACGUACAUGCACAGGGACUUCACCGGCAAACUCAGGCAGCUGGUCAGGAGGUUGGACUGUCAGACGGAAGGUUGUUCAGACCAACAGACGGAGAGGCAGCCACAAGUCGUGGUGAGCUGAGGCUGUCUCAAGAGCAUCAUCUUGCCACUGGUGAAUAAAGUCCCAAAUCAUUCCACCGUAGAAAAUCACACUGGCUUUCACUAACCGAUUCUUUAAGCUCAGCCCAGUAACGGAAUAUAUUGUUGGACGUCAGAGGUUGUGUCCAGCGGCGCAGCGGGUAGAGCCACUGCCUCACAGCGCCAGAGACCCCGGUUCGAUCCUGACCUCGGGUGCUGUCUGUGUGUGUGUGUGGAGUUUGAACAUUCUCCCCGUGACUGCGUGGGUUUCCUCCGGGUGCUCCGGUUUCCUCCCACAUCCCAAAGGCGUGCGGGGUUUGUAGAUCAAUCGGCCCUCUGUAAAUUGCCCCCCAGUGUGUCGGGAGCAGAUGAGAAAAUGGGAUAAAAUAGAACUAGUGUGAACGGGGGAUUCACGGUCGGCGUGGACUCGAUGGGCCGAACGGCCUGCUUCCAUGCUGUACCUUGCCCCUAGUGUGCAGGGAGUGGAUGAGAAAGUGGGAUAACAUAUAACUAGUGUGUCAACGGGUGAUCGAUGGUCGGCGUGGACCUGAUGGGCCGAAGGGCCUGUUUCCAUGCUGUACCUGUCCAUUCAACGCCGAAUGAAUGGCAAAUGGUGGAAAGAAACCUUCAAUAAGUUUGUACUGAUUAAAACCUAAUGAAUGCCUUUUCCUGGGUGAGCAACUAACAAAACUGCCUGUGGACAGGAUUUGAAUCCUGAUCUCGUCUGCACGCCCCAACCACAGCUGACGAGCCUCAGAAGCCAAGUAUGUGUCUACGAUAAGCCAAUUGGAUAAUCCAAGCUGUGAAGUCCACCACUGUUCUGAAUGUUACUCAACACAAAAGAAAAACGACCAAAUGAAUGAUCUCUUUAUGCGCAUGGGAGGACACGGCAUCAAGCCCAUCGCAACAUCCGCAAAUGAGUUUCUUCCCCAAAAAGCUCAAUCUUUUGAAUUGAGGGACAACUUGUUCUGACUUGCACACAUCUGGUCACCACUGCCACAGGAGGGAGGGAGAGAUUACAGUGGUGUUCUUCCCUCCGAACCGACAUCUAAUCUUGUUAGCUGUGGCCAGCAUCACAAACGGGCCGAAUCACCACCUCUAACUGCUUGUAUUUUACCUCUUAACAUGUGCAGCGUGGUUAACUAAUUUGCAACACCAUUUUGAUUUCAUAGACCCUGUACCUAAUUGCACAGUUUUGUUGGAUCAGACACAGCAGUCUAAAAUAGUCCUCUGCUAUUUAUUGCCUUCACUUUGUAAGUAAAUAAAGAUAUAUCUGAGAAAUUACAA